AUGGAGUUUAAGAUAGCGACCGGGAAUGUAAUGAGCCUUUUUAGAACUGGAGCGUGUAAAAACCUAAUGGAAGUAUUGGACGUAUAUAAAAUUAAAGUAGCAGGUAUUCAAGAAGUAAGGUGGGCUGGAAAAGGACAAUUAAAAGUAGGAAAAAAUAUUAUAUACUUCUCAGGAAUGGAAGAAAGACACCAAUUUGGGUGCGGAUUUGCCGUACACGAAACCAAAGAACUGCACAUAAAGGAAUUCAACCCUAUAUCAGAGAGAUUAGCAGUACUAAGAAUUGACACUAAACCUAUAAAUAUUGCCUUAAUAUGCACAUAUGCACCAACGAAAGCAGCUGACGAGGAUAUAAAGGACACCAUCUAUGAGGAUCUGAUCCAAGCAUAUGACAAAUUGCCAGGGAAUGCAAUUAAGAUAGUAUUGGGCGACUUCAACGCUAAAUGUGGAAGAGAAAUUCAGUUUUCCCAUACGUUAGGGAAAGAAAGUCUUCAUGAUAUAAGCAAUGGGAAUGGGCUUAGGCUAAUAUCAUUCGCAACAGGUAAAGAUAUGAUGAUAAGUAGCACAAUGUUCCCACAUAAGAAAAUUUAUAAAGGUACAUGGAAGUCACCAGAUGGCAUUACAAUUAACCAGAUAGAUCACGUUCUCAUCCAAAAAAGGUUCCGCUCUUGCAUUAGAGACAAUAUUGAAGAAGAGGAUAUAGAAGAGGAAUGGUGCAAAAUAAGUAAAGCUAUUAAAAAAGUUGCAGAACAAAUUAUUGGUAGACUAAAAAAUGGGAAGAAAAAAUGGUAUAACGAGAAAUGCAGGGAAGCGAUAGAGAAACGACGUAUGGCUCAGGAUAACUACGUAAAAUAUAAUGACGCAAACACGAAAAUAAUAUAUGAAAUAGAGAGAAAAAAUUGCAAGAGAAUUAUACAAAGAGAAAAAAGAAACUUCUUAAACAGUAUACUACAGGAAGCUGAAAAAGAUCGUUCGCAAAGUAGUAUAAGGAACUUUUUCAGAACCAUCAGGCAUUAUAAUUCGUUCAACCCAAGCUUGAAAGCUAUUAAAAAUCGUGAUAGAGAAAUAAUUAUGAAACCAGAGCUAAAAGCUAUAAGGUGGGAAGAAUACUUUAACACAUUGAUGGACAGUACUGCUAUAGCAGUAAUUCUUAAAUUUGAUGUACGUAUAUCACUACUGCUAUAG